CGGCCGGUACUUCCUGUGCGAAGGCGGGCGGGCGGACUCGGCCGCGGCCCCAUCGCCAGUGUCGGCCUCUCGGCGGCGGGGCGGCGGCGGAGGAGGAGCCGGGGAGGCUGUCAAAUUCGGGACCGGGUUGUGCCCGGCCCCCGGCGAUCCCUUCCGCUUCCCCGGCCCCGGCGCGCCAUCCGCGGGCCGGGACCUGCGCGCGGAGGGAAGAUGGCAGUGCUCAAACUCAGCGACCAGAAAGGGAUACUGAAACAAAAUAAGAAGACAGAUUUUGAAACACCAUGUAAAAGAAAGUGGAACAAUCACUAAUCAUCAGGAAAACGCAAGACAAAACCACAGUGGAUACCACUUCACACCCGUUAGCAUGGCUGUUCCCUGAGAAACAGAAAGCACCGCCACUGGUCCAGGCCAUCUUCAGCGGCGACCCGGAGGAGAUCCGCAUGCUCAUCCACAAGACGGAAGACGUGAAUGCUCUGGACUCGGAGAAGCGCACUCCGCUGCACGUGGCCGCGUUCCUGGGAGAUGCCGAGAUCAUCGAGCUCCUGAUUCUUUCAGGAGCUCGUGUGAAUGCCAAGGACAACAUGUGGCUGACCCCGCUGCACCGAGCCGUGGCCUCCAGGAGUGAGGAGGCAGUGCAAGUAUUGAUUAAGCACUCGGCUGAUGUCAACGCGAGGGACAAGAACUGGCAGACCCCGCUGCACGUCGCCGCCGCCAACAAGGCCGUGAGGUGUGCAGAAGUGAUCAUUCCCCUGCUGAGCAGCGUCAACGUCUCCGACCGCGGCGGCCGCACGGCCCUGCACCACGCCGCUCUCAACGGCCACGUGGAGAUGGUCAACCUACUCCUGGCCAAAGGGGCAAACAUCAACGCCUUUGACAAGAAGGACCGGCGGGCCCUGCACUGGGCAGCGUACAUGGGCCACCUGGACGUGGUGGCGCUGCUCAUGGACCACGGCGCCGAAGCGACCUGCAAGGACAAGAAGGGCUACACCCCCCUGCACGCCGCAGCCUCCAACGGACAGAUCAACGUUGUCAAACAUCUCCUCAACCUGGGGGUGGAGAUCGAUGAAAUCAACGUCUAUGGGAACACGGCGCUCCACCUGGCCUGCUACAACGGGCAGGACGCUGUAGUCAACGAGCUGACUGACUACGGUGCUAACGUGAACCAGCCCAACAACAGUGGCUUCACCCCUUUGCAUUUUGCUGCUGCCUCCACCCACGGUGCUUUGUGUCUUGAGCUAUUAGUCAACAACGGGGCGGAUGUUAACAUCCAGAGUAAAGAUGGCAAAAGCCCGCUGCACAUGACAGCUGUCCACGGCAGGUUCACACGCUCGCAGACCCUCAUUCAGAACGGAGGAGAAAUCGACUGCGUGGAUAAGGAUGGCAACACUCCUCUCCACGUGGCUGCGAGAUACGGCCACGAGCUUUUGAUUAACACCCUAAUCACCAGCGGAGCGGACACGGCCAAGUGUGGGAUCCAUAGUAUGUUCCCCUUACACUUAGCUGCCCUGAACGCUCACUCCGACUGCUGCCGGAAGCUCUUGUCAUCUGGCUUUGAAAUAGACACCCCAGAUAAAUUCGGAAGAACGUGCCUUCAUGCCGCUGCUGCAGGAGGUAACGUGGAAUGUAUAAGACUCUUGCAGAGCAGUGGAGCGGAUUUCCACAAAAAGGACAAGUGUGGGAGGACCCCUUUGCACUAUGCAGCUGCGAACUGCCACUUCCACUGCAUCGAGGUCUUAGUGACCACGGGGGCCAACGUGAACGAGACCGAUGACUGGGGCCGGACAGCUCUGCACUACGCCGCGGCUUCCGACAUGGACAGAAAUAAGACCACCCUAGGAAAUGCCCACGAAAACUCAGAGGAACUCGAAAGUGCCCGCGAGGCGAAGGAGAAAGAGGCUGCCCUAUGCCUCGAGUUUCUGCUUCAAAAUGACGCCAACCCAUCUCUCCGGGACAAGGAAGGCUACAAUAGCAUCCACUACGCGGCUGCCUACGGCCACAGGCAGUGUCUGGAAUUGCUUUUGGAAAGAACCAACGGUGGUUUUGAAGAAUCAGAUCCGGGUGCUACCAAGAGUCCACUCCACUUGGCUGCCUACAAUGGGCACCACCAGGCCCUGGAAGUGCUCCUGCAGUCCCUGGUGGACCUGGACAUCCGGGACGAGAAGGGCCGCACCGCUCUGGACCUGGCUGCCUUCAAGGGCCACACGGAAUGCGUGGAAGCGCUGAUCAACCAGGGCGCAUCCAUCUUCGUGAAAGACGAUGUCACCAAAAGGACCCCACUUCACGCCUCAGUGAUUAAUGGUCACACCCUGUGUUUGCGGCUGUUACUAGAAAUCGCAGACAACCCGGAAGUGGUUGACGUGAAAGAUGCCAAAGGACAAACCCCACUGAUGCUGGCAGUCGCAUAUGGACACAUUGAUGCUGUCUCAUUGUUACUUGAAAAGGAAGCAAAUGUAGAUGCUGUUGACAUCAUGGGGUGCACAGCUUUGCACAGAGGGAUCAUGUCAGGUCAUGAGGAAUGUGUGCAAAUGCUGCUGGAGGAAGAAGUAUCAAUUCUCUGCAAAGAUGCCAGAGGGAGGACCCCCUUGCACUACGCCGCGGCCCGCGGCCACGCCACGUGGCUGAGCGAGCUGCUGCAGAUGGCCCUGUCGGAGGAAGACUGCUCUUUCAAGGACAACCAGGGCUACACGCCGCUGCACUGGGCUUGCUACAAUGGCAAUGAAAACUGUAUAGAGGUACUUUUGGAGCAGAAAUGUUUUCGCGAAUUUAUCGGCAAUCCCUUUACUCCGCUGCACUGUGCAAUAAUAAAUGACCAUGAGAAUUGUGCGUCACUGCUGCUGGGGGCCAUCGAUUCCAGCAUUGUCAAUUGCAGGGACGACAAAGGCAGGACGCCGCUGCACGCCGCAGCCUUUGCGGACCACGUGGAGUGCCUGCAGCUGCUGCUGAGACACAGUGCCCAGGUGAACGCGGCCGACGACGCGGGCAAGACGGCGCUGAUGAUGGCCGCGGAGAACGGGCAGGCGGGCGCCGUGGACAUUCUGGUGAACAGCGCCCAGGCUGACCUGUCUGUGAAGGACAAGGAUUUGAACACACCCUUGCAUUUGGCGUGUAGUAAAGGUCAUGAAAAAUGUGCCUUGUUAAUACUUGACAAGAUACAAGACGAGAGCCUUAUUAAUGCCAAAAACAAUGCACUGCAGACGCCCCUGCACGUCGCUGCGCGCAAUGGCCUGAAGGCCGUGGUGGAGGAGCUGCUGGCCAAAGGGGCCUGCGUCCUCGCUGUCGAUGAGAACGGUCAUACCCCGGCCCUGGCUUGUGCUCCUAACAAAGACGUGGCUGACUGCCUGGCCCUCAUUUUGGCUACCAUGAUGCCUUUUUCUCCUUCCAGUACAAUGACGGCUGUCAACUUGGUUUGUUUUAAAAAAGACAAUUUGAACAGGACGACCCUCUCCAACCUGGGUAGCAUGGUUAGCCUGUGCAGUAACGACGUAGGCUCGGAGGAUGGGUGCAAUGAGAACGACUCUGAUUCGGAAACCUUUUGACCUUGGACUGUAGACGUUUUCCCUUGUUCGAACCUGUUGGAGGAAGGGGAAGAAGCUCGGAUUCCAGGUUUAGGUCGUGUUCCAGUGUUAUUAUGGGCCCGAGCUACCAGAAGCCGGUAGAGAAGGGAUUCAUUCAUCAGACUGAGGGAGGGCAGCUAGGCCAGAGGACCAAGCACUCACACGGAUGGGCCCUGCUUUUGAUCUGUCUCAUGCUUUCCUUAGCUCUAAGAGACUUCUGUGAAAGUCUACCUCUCAUUUUAAAGAAGGAAUAAAAAAAAAUGCAUUUAAUUCUUUUUCUUUGGGGAUAAUGCACUGAGAGGGAACUGUUGUCCCCUAUAAAGUAUGGUGUGUGUUUUUUUAUUUUAUCUGUUUUGUUCACAUACUCACUUGGCAGUGAGUUGUCAGAAGUGUAUCAUGCAUGUCCCCAGGGGGAAGGGGAGGCAGGGGCAGAUAGGAAAAGCCUCCAACCUCCUCUCCCUUUGCUGUUUACGUCCUCACUAGAACCCAAAGGCAAACGUGUUUCUCUCUGGAAAUCAUGCCUGUAGUCAUCUUUCUAAGGGAGACCGAUGAUCCGUGUCCUCCCUAGAGUGAGCCCUUCAAUAGCCAGGACUUCCUCCCGAGGCUAUUUGUUGAAGUUGCCAAAUGAAGGAGAAAAACUCAUUGAAAGCAGGACUUGCUUGUUUUUCCUUUAACACAAACAUGGCGCCCACUGCUCCCCAUAAUAAGCCUGUGGCUUAUGCCCACCCGAGCGAUGGCAUCCAGGGCUGUCUGUUGCCCUGCCGGGGAAAGGCAGAUGGCACCCACACCCGGAGGCCUAUGCAGGUUUGCUAUGGAACUGCCCUUACUGAUUCAUCCUUAGACAAAACAGUAACUUCCAAAGAACAUCAGGACCAUCAGCCUUGUUCAUCGAUAGUAAAAUAUUCCAGGGGCUUCUCAGUUGAGGUCGUGCCAAGUGAGGGCCAGUGUGGCUGCAGCAGGGGACAGAGAGAGGCAGAGCAGGUGGCAGGAGUGGGGGAUGUGGAGAGGAAAGCCCGUGGUAGUUGCUCGCUGAUGAAAUCAACCUGGUGAACCCUGUGUCUGCUCCCUCUGCCAAAGCUUCUAGGUCCAACGGACCCCGCCCCGCCCCGGGAAUAGCUGCACAAAAAGAAGAAUGAGACUCUUCCAGAACCGUUCACACACACACGUGCACACACAUGUAUAUAGUUCUGUCUGUAUCUCAUCAGCCAGCUCUCCAGGAGGACCAAAAUGCUUCCGUCAAGAAUGGAAGACUUCACUGGUUUUUCUUCACAGUGAAAGUGAGAACUGAAGUAGCUUUUCUAUGGAGUUAAAAUGGAAUCUUUUUGCGUAAGAGUCUUUGUUGUAUUUUAUAUUUCUUAUGACAGAGAUUUCCAGUGGAUGGCUUACCAUUUGUAACGGAUGAUGUGUUGACCAUGGCUUAUUUUUUUUUUUGCCAGACUAGAGAAAAUGUUCAUAUACUUUUGAUGUAAAUGUGUUUAUAUUUAUUGGAAAUGAAACAAAUGCCGAGGGAGCGUCCUUUGUUCGUUCUCCCUUUUCAUUGCUGUGUGUCUUACUUGGAAAAACAAAAAAGCGGAAAAACACACAGGGCCCUCCCUGGGCCGGCCAGCAGCCCUGGGCCAGCCAGCAGCCCUGGGCCACGCCCAGCAUUUCCACUGCUAAGGUCUCAGCGGAUCCUCAUCAUCUCCCACAUGGAUUGGAGAGGGCACAGCACCCAUCGCUCAGUCCCGGUCUGUGGCCAACCUAGAGCUUAGAAGACAUUGGAGUCCUUCUGCUCUUCUGCCAGAUGAACCUGAAGUGCGUUGUGGAUCAUAUGCGCAGACGUGGCCAAAAGAAAAGUCCAGAAAUGAUCCCAAAUGCACUGAAAUCCCACGUGGUCCCAGUAAACUCCUGGGAAACUGCAUCAGUGGGUGGACACUUGUGCCAAGAGAAGAAAUAACAAUCACCAGCUCGCACUAUUCCCACUGGGGGAAGAAAGUGUUGUGUGAGGGGAGUACCAACCAUCUGAUAACUGGGUCCCUUUCACCCUGGAAAUUGCAGUUUCAUCGUGUCUGUGAGAUAUUUUUACAACAGAGUUCUACCGUAUCUGGAUCAAAUACAGAUUCUGUAUUCUGUUUCUCAUCUAACUGCAAGAGACUUAGUCUCGCUCUUUUAAUACCCGGAUUGAGUGAGAAGCUCACGUUGGGUUCUUCACGGAGGACAGCUUGUCCAGAGGACUUCCAGCAUUGUGUUUGCAUCCCCCUUUUCCCUCUGUCCUUUUUGUUUGUUUAGAGAAGAUGAAUUCUUUUGCAGCAGGUAAAUUGCUCAUGAGUAAUAAUGACCUCAUCGUUACCAAAACCCUGAGCAUGAGAGAGAGCCAAUGCUGAGAAGCACGAUACACUGCGGUGUCUUUUUCUAGAAGUGAAUGGAAAUCUUGCUCCGUUGGCGUAGAAAGCAGGCAAAGAGACGGCCGCUUCAGUGGUGGCGCAGCGGUGUCAGGGCCCCCGCGGAGCCUCACAGAGGGCAGGAGCGCCGCAGCAGGAUGCAGGCCUGGGCCUCAUCUCCGCGGAGCUGCUUUUGACUCCCUCCACCCCUUCCUCACAGAAGGAAGGCGGACAAAGGAGCAACACGAAGUCAUGCUUACUCUGAACGGUUCAUUGAAUCCCUCUCUCCUCUUGCUCCCUCCCCCCUGCCCCCUGCCCCUGGCCAAUUCUUUUCCUUUGAGAAAUGACUUUAAAAACUCUGAGUUCUGUAUCUCUCAAGUACAUCUCUUAGAGAUAACAUUAGAUUUGCAACAUAGCUUUCUAAGAAAAAAAACAGAAAACAUUGUGCUUUUCAUUGAGUCUUAGCCGGUUAGUGCUUUUUACCUACAUGUGUUCUUUUUCGACUCGAUUUUAACCACAGCCACAGGGAUCACAUUUCAUUGCACUUCACCUGUUCGCCAGCGUCUGCCUGUCCGUGGUAAAUACAUUACUGUCUCCACAUUGCCUAAAAUCUGCUACGAUUCUACAGUAAAUAGCUCAGGGGAUUUCUAUGUAUCACUACUAAAAGGGCACCGUAGUAUGUUUUGGUACUUUAGGCAGUACACAGCUGCUUGAUUUAUUAUUUUGUUAUUAAAUUAGAGCAAGAAUAGCACACAGACUCGCUGCACUAGUUAUGCUUUGUACUGUUGAGCAACUCGGUUUGCUUGUCUGUUGUGUUGGUUGAAGAACUCAUCCCCUUUUUUCCCCUUUUGUCUUGUACUAUGAAGGUAGAGUGCCUUUUUAUAUCUGUAUAUUCUGAAAAUGUUCUGUGAAAUGUUUUGUAUUUUUUUCACUUGAGUGUUAUCAGAGCAAUAUAAUACAAGUGAGUUUUCAUUUCAGCCUUUCCUUGAAUGUAUAAAGUGUCUUUUUUUUUCCCUAGUUCCCCUUUUCCCUGCUUUGAAAUGGAAAUGGAUAAGCCGAAGUGUUCUCUAGGAGUUCUGUUUGAUUUUGCAGUGCUAAAAUGCUUUCUUCUUCCCAAACCGUAAACCAGAGGUCAGUGUUACAGGGGGAAAGCGUUUCAGGAUAGUGACAAUCUGAGUGUGUGUACACAAUGUAAUUCUCCGCGUUCCUUAUGCAGUGUUCUAAAAGCUCAAUGCAAGUGUAUUUGGGUUGGUAGUGUGUCUACGUGUCUUAUGCUUUAGCAUGUGCAAUAUAUCUUUGCGAAGCACGAUGAUACAAAUCUGGUGCCAGUGUUCUAUUUUGCCUAAUAUAUUUGUAACAGCAUCAAAUAUUGUUUGAUGAUAUCAGUGGGAUUUUGUCUGUAAUGUUUUCUUAUGUAAAUUGAGGUUGAAUGACUCUGGUAAAUGCCAUGACUGUAAAAAUGAGGAAAAUGACUGAGUUCAGUGAAUGACUUUGAACCAAUCUGAAUCUUCUCAAGCACAGUUUAAUACUUUUUCAACUACUGAAUGCUAAUAAUGUAAUGACGUACUUAACUGUAAUAUACUAUGGACAUGCAUUCAGAUGGUUAUUUUUACAAAUAAAGACGGUACAAAUAUUGUUGCAA